ACUGCGUUCUCUAUUCUUUUUUUUUUGGCCAAUUACUCUCUCGAGUCUCGUCCCUCAAGCCUGCGAUUGCAGCUGCUGCUUCUUCUUCUUCUUCUUUUUUUUUUUUUUUCUUUUUUUUUUUUUGGGUUUCUCUAUUUAUUUCUCUUGCGCCGUGAGGUGGAUUUGAUCCAAUCCAAUACGCAAGUUAUUCAGAUUGUUCGGGUUUCGUUUCGAUCGUUUGCUGCGCUCUCGUCGGUCGGCUUUCGCUGAAUCCGAGAUUUUUUGGGAGUUUGGCGAGACGGCUGCGCUAGGGUUCCCGAGGCCGCAGAUCUGAGUCCGUUUCGUUCCGUGGAGGGGAUUUCACCGUAGAAUUCAGAAUGUUUUGGCGUAUGGCGGGGUUGUCCACCACGUCUCCUGUGGAGACUAUUUUGGAUAAGGAAAAUUUUACAUUGGAGGAGCUUCUUGAUGAGGAUGAAAUUAUUCAAGAAUGCAAAGCUCUUAACGGCCGCCUUAUCAAUUUUUUGCGAGAAAGAACUCAGGUUGAACAGCUCAUUCGAUAUAUUGUGGAAGAAGCUCCUGAGGAUUCAGAAAAGAGGCGAACUUUCAAGUUUCCUUUUAUUGCCUGUGAGAUUUUUACCUGUGAAGUUGAUAUAAUACUCAAAACACUGGUUGAGGAUGAGGAGUCGAUGAACUUGCUAUUUUCCUUUGUGGAACCAGAACAUCCCCAUAUCACUCUAUUGGCUGGGUACUUUAGCAAGGUUGUCAUAUCCCUGCUGUUGCGUAAGACAGUUCCUUUUAUGCAUUAUAUUCAAGCUCAUCAGGAUAUAGUCAAGAAGCUAGUUGAUCUGAUUGGGAUUACCUCUAUCAUGGAGGUUUUAAUACGCCUGAUUGGUGCUGAUGAACAUAUGUAUACAAACUAUAUGGAAGCAAUGCAGUGGAUAGAAGAAACAGAUGUGCUAGAGAUGAUUGUGGACAAGUUCAAUUCUUCAGACUCUCCUGAAGUUCAUGUUAAUGCAGCAGAAACACUUUGUGCUAGUACACGAUUUGCUCCACCCGGGCUUUCUGCUAAAAUUUCCAGCCCAAGUUUUAUAGGAAGGCUAUUUCGUCAUGCUUUGGAAGACUCACGACCAAAGUCUGUUCUGGUCAACUCAUUAUCUGUUUGCAUAUCUUUGUUAGACCCCAAGAGGCAAACCUUGGGAAUGUAUCAUACAUACAACCGCCAAGUUACUCAGGGAUCUACAGUAACUGCUAAUCCUGAGACAAUUGAAGGCAUGCUAGAGAGCCUAAGUGAUUUACUCAAGCUUUUGGAUGUUUCAUCUGCGGAGAAUGUCCUAUUAACUACUUAUGGCAAGUUACAACCACCUCUUGGAAAACAUCGCUUAAAGAUUGUGGAGUUCAUCUCGGUCUUGGUGACCGUUGGCAGUGAAGCUGCAGAAAAGGAAUUAAUUCGCCUUGGAGCUGUACAGAGAAUUUUAGACUUGUUCUUUGAGUAUCCGUACAAUAACUUCCUCCAUCAUCACAUAGAGAGCAUACUAUUUUCAUGUUUGGAGAGCAAGAAUGCUCCUCUUAUGGAUCAUCUUCUUCAGGAGUGCAAUCUUGUUACGAGAAUUCUUGAAGCUGAAAAAAAUAAUAAAUUGGAAACUGAUUCAAACAAGCCAACUGUCCCUGCUGAGGGUAGAUCACCUCCAAGGAUAGGGAAUAUUGGACACUUAACGCGUAUAUCUAACAAACUUGUUCAAUUGGGGAAUAGCAGCAGUCAGAUUCAGGCAUAUUUGCAGGAGAAUGGUGAAUGGAAUGAUUGGUACACAAAUGUUCUAUCAAAGCAGAAUGUGGUGGAAAAUGUCUAUCAGUGGGCCUGUGGGCGGCCAACAGCACUUCAUGAUCGGAAUAGGGAUAGUGAUGAUGACGAUUACCAAGAUAGAGACUAUGAUGUUGCAGCCCUAGCAAAUAACUUAAGCCAGGCUUUUCGAUAUGGCAUUUACAGUAAUGAUGAUAUUGAUGAGGCUCAUGGCUCACUUGAACGAGAUGAUGAGGAUGUCUAUUUUGAUGAUGAAUCUGCCGAAGUUGUUUUAUCUUCUCUGCGGCUAGGAGAUGACCAAGAAAGUGGCUCACUAUUUACAAAUUCCAACUGGUUUGCUUUUGAGAAUGACAGAAUUGCCAAUGAACGCUCAACCGGCUCACUCGCUUCUCCAUCACCUAAUACUGAGGGGGAUGACGUUAUUAAUUGCAGCAGUGAUGAUAAUGUCAUUGUUGGUGAAGAUGAUGACUUGGUUGACACUGCAACAUCUUCUCCAGAAACGGGAACAAAAUCAGAAGACACUACACAACUCAUGUCUGAAAACUUGAGGGAAACAGGAGAUGGUGAAACUGAUAAGCCACCUGAAUGGGUUGAAUGGAGGGAGACUUCAGAUUCUGGUGAUCCAACUGAUGUCGUUCUACCCAAUGGUGAGAUUCAAGUUGGAUCAAAAUCUAGUGAAUCAGACGUAGCUGAAUCUUCAUCAUCCACUGAUGAAUUGGAGAAGAAUGAUGGAACUUCCACUGAAGAAUCGUUGGCUUCGACUGAUGAGAACCCCAGUUCUGAUCCUUCCAAACAGGAAUUGGAUAACGGGAAUCCGAGUCUAGGCCCGACCACUUCUAAUGAUGUGGUGAUGGCCGACAGGACCGAAGGUGCUCCUGAGAUAGAAGCUGACAAAAAAGAUGUUAAUCAAACAGGGAACUAAUGUAAAUUUUCAAGAACCGGUUUGAUAGUACAUUGCAACGUUGUUCGGGUGGGAAGACCGUCUACAGGUUGGCUAGGCGACUGUCACUUCAGAGCCUUCUGUACAUCAUGAGUGGGGGGGAAUGUUAAAUAGGGCUGAUGAUUCUUUUACCCCCACCCAUGGACAGUUGGUUCUCUUUGUCGCUUUAUCUCUCCCCCUCUCAAUAUCGAGAAAAUUGUAAAAGGGAAAGUUCUGAUUUUCAAACUCUAGCAAAAAUUUGAUGUUUCAUAGAUCAUUUACCUUUUGCUAGGUGAUAAAAACUGAAUGCCACAUGUUGCAUGGAUUUUUAGCACAAGAGUCUUGCGUAUAUUGUACCAUUUUCUUUCCUCCAGAAUAUUUAGUAUUAUUGAAAUUUCACCCAAA